AUGUCUUCACGACCGCCUCUGAGACAACCACUGAUGGAGCUGCCUUUGGAACGUUUUGUUGAGAGCAGUUCGUCAUCUGCAAGUUCUAGCUUGACGCCGAAACCAAUCCCCCACGGCCAAUCUCCUCUCAAGGUCUUUGCCUCACACUCGCGGACAUCAUCAUCCGAAUCGAGCUCGUGGUUAAGCCCAUCGAAACGCAAACUCGUUCUCCCAUCGACGUUCAAAUCACCUGAGGGCCUUGGUGGCCUUGGGCCAACAUGGACAACCCCUAUUUCUGACUCCUCGGGAGGAAGCACGCCGCGCGCUAGUCCUCUUCGGCGAUCAUUUGCAGCCAGUGAGGAUGGAGAGCCGCCGAGAGGAACGCGAUUUGCAUCCUUGGGCCGAGUUCUGUACCCCGACGAUGACGCACAGCCCAGCUGCAACGUAGCUUCCACCCCUGAUCCAACUUACUCCCCAGCUCCAAUUCCAAUCCCAACUACCCAUUUGCCUUCAUCCCCCCUUGCCCCCUCCCCCAAUAUCAGCUCCGUGAGUCCUCGCUUACUACCGCGCGCCAUCAGCAAAAUCGCCCAGGGGAAUAGUACACCCGAUGUUUUGGCAAUAAUCACGUAUUCCUCCAAUCCAAACAUCCCUAAUGCGCCAUUAAGCUCAAAACAGCGUCCAAGGGCACCAUCACCUUCAUCGCGCCAUUAUCCGGGUUUUGACAUUGCACCAGACUUGCCACAGCUGUUGACUACUUCCAAGCUGUCGAACUCAGAGUCCGACUGUGACGAGGAUGAGGAUAAGGAGAAUGCGCUAUCAUUGCCAUUGCGGAGACCGAAAGGGAGCAAGCGGAAGAUGGAGCCAAUUGCAGCAGGCAUUUCAGCAUUGGCUGGCGAGGUGGAAAUGGAUGGGACACCGCGUAAAUAUGGCCCUGGAGGUACGACAUUUACAUCCCCUUGA